AUGCUCCCCUCCGUCGAACACCACGCGCAUGAGUGCGUCCAGCAACUCUUUGCGUACAUCACGGCCCAAGGCAACUCCGACUACCUUGGCGAGAAAGUCUCACAACUCCAGCACUCACUGCAAACCGCCCAGCUCGCCGUCGAAGCCGGCGCGGACGAUGACACCGUCCUGGGCGCCCUGCUCCACGACGUCGGCCGUUUCAUUCCAGCUGCCGAGAAAUUGCCCGCCAUGAUCGCCCCGAACGGCGCGUACGUCGGCCGCGAAAGUCAUGAGAUCUUCGGCGAGAAGUACCUGCGCGGUCUCGGGUUCAGCGAGAACAUCUGCCAGCUUGUGGGAGCGCAUGUCAUGGCUAAGCGGUACCUGACGGCCGUGGAUAAGGGGUACUACGAUGGGCUCAGCCAGUCCAGUAAAACGACGUUGAAGUUUCAGGGCGGCACAUUCUCUGACGAACAGGUCCGCGAGGCACAAAAGGAUCCCCUGCUCGAAGCCAAACUUGCAGUACGUAGAUGGGACGACAUGGCGAAGGUGCCAAAUCUCGAAACCCUCCCAUUACAUUACUAUGAGAGAAUGGCCGUGAAGAGCCUACUCAGAUCGCGAUCCGAGUUUGAACUGCACGGGCGAACAUACAAACUCCCCUCAAGACCCACAAUAGCAAUUUGCAUUGACGGCUUUGACCCCGAAUAUCUUUCGCAAGGCAUUGCCGACGGCAUCAUCCCCAACAUGGCCAAGAUGGUCGACUCCGGAUUCUCGACCAUUGCAAAUUGCACCAUGCCCUCGUUCACCAACCCCAACAACGUCUCUAUUAUCACGGGCGCACCGACAUCCAAGCACGGCAUCGCCGGUAACUUCUUCCUCGACCAAGUCACGCGGGAAGAACACAUGGUCCUCGACGACUCUCUACUCCGCGGCUCGACUAUUCUCGAACAAAUGUCUCUGCGCGGCGUGCGCGUCGCCGCGGUGACUGCCAAGGACAAGCUACGCGCCAUGAUCAACCACGGUCUCGACUUCUCGCAGGGAGCGGUUUGCUUCUCGGCACAGUACGCUGAUAAAUGCACCAAGGGAGCCAAUGGUAUCGAGGACGUGGAGAAGUGGAUUGGCCGAAAGACACCAACGCAAUACUCUGGCGAUCUGUCGCUGUUUGCGCUGGAAGCUGGCAUCAAGCUCCUCGAAGAAAACAAAGCCGAUUUGUUCUACCUGACACUUUCGGACUUCAUCCAGCACAAAUAUGCGCCUGGAAGCAAAGAGGCGAAUGAGUUCAUGGCGGCCAUCGACCAACGUAUUGGCCGACUGGUCGAACUUGACGCUGUGGUCGCUGUGACAGGUGACCACGGAAUGAGCGACAAAUGCAACGAAGAUGGCAGUCCGAAUGUGCUCUUCCUCGAGACGGAGCUGAACAAGAAAUUCGGCAAGGACUUUGCCCGAGUCAUUUGUCCCAUCACGGACCCAUUCGUUCGACACCACGGCGCGCUUGGCUCGUUUGUCCGGGUGCAUUUGAGCCCGAAAACCACCGCGCCCAUUGAGGAGGUUCUCGACUUUGCACGAUCGUUCCCUCAAGUUCUGCUUGCUCUUGAUGGGGCAACGGCGGCGGAGAGGUUUGAAAUGCCUCUGGACCGCGAAGGCGACUUCGUUGCCAUAUCUCAGAAGAAUGCAGUCAUUGGCAGUCGACAUGAGGAGCACGAUCUCGCAAAUCUCAAAGGUCAUCGAUUGCGCUCUCAUGGUGGCCUCUCAGAGCAAGAGAUCCCUCUGCUGAGAUCCUUGCCGGUGAAGGAGCAAACUGGUGAUCGACAGUGGCAUAAUUACGACAUUUUCGAUGUACUACUGAAUUACUGAUUUUCAUUCUUGCGAAAGGGUGGGAUUCAAUGUGCCUGCAUCGAAUUAAAGUCAAAGUCGAGGUUGAAAUCUGCGCCGGGCGAGUACGUGAAGUCGUAAUUCUCGAGGAACAUUGCGUCUGUCGGACUGAGCCAUUGAUUUUCCGGCUCGAAGGAGACGGACGGGCCAGGUGGAGCUACAGGCUGUGUCGAUGAUCCUUCUUGGCUAGGAGUGUUGUGGGAAAAUCGGUCAAGAAGCUUUUGGAUGCUGCUAGCAAUGCUUGUCAACAGGUGCCGAGGAUGCAUGCUUGCUGUUGUGUUUUUCAGCACUUUCACCAGGCUGUCCAACGUCUCGGUUAUUGGUCCUUUGUCAAUUCUGAGAUUGGCCGGAUUUUUGAUCGUGACUUUGAGGAGGAAUACAAACGCGAAAGCAAUCAUGGUAUCAAAGUAUGCAGGCAGGCCCUGGAGAUAGGAUUGGAUUUCCCGGUCCGCCACAAUGACUUGUAGAAUCGCCG